CAAAAUAGCUGGAUAUUGGCUGCCAAUCUGGGCUGGAGAGAAGGGCACACAGUACUUAACUUUUGCGAGGCUCGCAGGCCUAUACUCCGACGUCCUAUAAGCACGGUGCUCCGCCUACUUGGGUUAUCUCUUCCAUGCUCAGGCUAAGUAGCCCCGCGCAUGGAGAUUCCAGGGAAAGCUGCUGUCAAUCGGCGCGCUGUCCGCGUGCACCCCCAGAUGGACUCCUCUUUGUCCCGCAUCAACCAGAGGUCAUAGACGCGAUGAAGAAGCUUCCAUCGACUCCGUGCCGUUUGCAGGUGCUAGAGAGGCUGGCGAGGAGAUGCGUGCAGACACCUGAGUGCCCUACUUUGACUUUGCUCCGGGUUUUCUCCAAAGUCUAAAUGAAUUGAAUUACUAUUGUCCACCGGGGUCUUGAGUUCAAGAAGGAACCUUAUCAAGGUCCUGAACGCGGCCAUGAUAAAGCCUGCUGGGG